AUGGACAGCCAUGUUAAUUUAAAGCCAAAAAUAUCUAAACAAAUCCAAAACGACUAAAAGAAAUAGUUUUACUCAGAUGAUGAUGCUGAAAUAACUCCUAAAAGGCCAAUGAUUGCCAAACCCUCUAAAUUCUCAAAAGGAGAAGCGUAACAAUACUAAACUGAUGACUCUGAUAACACACCUCUUAAGUUAUCUUCACCGAAAUCACCUAAAGGAUAAAAUAAAUUAUCAAAAUUUAAGUAAAAGGAGAAUCAUAUAGAAAAAGAUUCUGAUAUUUAAUUUGACUCCAGCGAGAAUGAAAAUAAAGAAAAACCUUAAAAUCGUUAGAAUCAUCAACAAGCUGAUAAUUAUGACAUUUAGGAGAUGUCAAGAUAAAUGGAAUUAAAAUAUCAAACUCCUAAACAAGCAUAUUAGCAUCCUCCUAUCUAUAAGUCAAAUUCCACCAAGUUAGUUAUAACAAAGAAUCUCAACAUUAAAGAACAUCCUUUUAGACAUUUAGUAUAUGGCAAAAACAUUAAUUAAAAUGACUUCUUAAGAUUUUUAUAAAUAGUAUAGAGUGGAUUGUUAUAUGCACGCAAUUCAUUAAAAGCUCCAUCAAAUAUAUUUCUGAGAAGCAGAUAUAUUAGACUGAAGGAGCCAAAUCAAAAAAAGUCAAAACUUUUAAUUCUUGAUUUAGAUGAAACUCUAAUUCAUAUUACAAUUACUCUCUAAGAUGACGAUGAAGAGAGAUUUGAUUUAUGUUUCAAUGUCAGGCCGUUUUGCAAUGAAUUUUUAAAGGAAAUGUCUAAGUAUUACAACAUUCACUUAUUUACAGCUUCCUCAGAACUUUAUGCUAAUGCUAUUGUCAAUCAUUUGGAUCCUAAAAGAUAGUAUAUCAAUGAAAUUUUGUGCAGAAACAAUUGCUUUGAAACCAAAAAUGGGUUUUUUAUUAAGGAUUUAAGAAUCAUUACAAACAGAACUCUUAAAGAUAUAGUGAUAGUUGAUAAUCUGCCUCAUUCUUUUGGAUUAUAAUUAGAAAAUGGGAUUCCCAUUUUAGAAUAUCUAGACGAUUAAAAAGAUGAAGAAUUGAAAUUGUUGCAACAUUAUUUAAUCAAACUAAGUAAGGAAGAUGAUGUAAGACUUUUUAAUAAAUAAAACUUAAAAUUACUUGAUUUAGUUGAAUAUAAACUAAAUAUCUGA